GAGAGAAAAGAGAAAAACAAACUUUGCAUACAAAAAAGCAAGUUCACUGCCAAACGUUGUGUAGGAGUGAAAGAGAGAGAGAGGGAGGCAUACCAACUGAGAGAUAGUUACUAAGAGAUACAGAGAGAGAGCUUUCGCAGCUGAGCAACCAAAAUCCAAAAGCACAGUAUAAAACAAAAAAUGAGUAACGGUUCACCAGUCAGUGAAACAACACCGCUGCGUCGGCUCGACGACCAAGACGAAGACGGCAACGUUAACGUGGCCAAUAGACCAGAGACGACGGCGACAACAGCAGCUACCACAAUUGUAAAUAAUAAUAAUAACGAUAACUAUAAUAGCAUACAACAGCCUGAAGGUGGAGACAACAAUAACAUCAGUCAACAGACGCAGCAACAACAACAGCAACAACAACCACAACACGUUAAAAACAUGGACACCAACAAGCGAAUUUUAUGCCGCGUGGGCCUCGACAUUUUGAUUUUACUUUGCGUUGGUUUUCCCAUUUUGUUAUUCUUUUUACUUGGUGAUCCCUAUAAACGUGGCUUCUUCUGUGAUGAUGAGUCGUUGAAACAUCCAUUCCAUGACUCAACAGUGCGAAACUGGAUGCUAUAUAUCAUUGGUCUGGUCAUACCAGUGGGAGUGAUCCUCAUUGUGGAACUACUCAUUUCACGGGAUAAUGUCCGAGGUCAUAAUGGCAAUGGAAAUGGUAGUUCGAAACGUCGUUAUGUUUUUAUGAACUAUGAAAUACCCGACUGGUUGAUCGAAUGCUAUAAGAAAGUUGGAAUAUUUGGCUUUGGAGCUGCUGUCAGUCAACUAACCACAGAUAUAGCCAAGUACUCCAUUGGACGAUUGCGUCCACAUUUUAUAGCGGUAUGCCAACCCAUUAUGCCUGAUGGCUCCACCUGUGACAGUGCCUCGAAUGCUGGUAAAUACAUUCAGGACUUUACCUGUGCAGGUGUUGGCUCUACGCCGCGUAUGCUCAAAGAGAUGCGUUUGUCGUUUCCCAGUGGACACUCUAGUUUCACCUUCUACACAAUGGUCUAUGUGGCGCUCUAUCUGCAGGCACGCAUGACCUGGCAUGGCUCCAAGUUGCUGCGUCACUUUCUGCAAUUCUUGUUCAUCAUGAUUGCCUGGUACACGGCAUUGAGCCGUGUCUCCGACUACAAGCACCAUUGGUCGGAUGUUCUAGCCGGUUCAUUAAUUGGUUCUCUUUGUGCCUUAAUUGUGGCAAACUAUGUAUCCGAUCUGUUUCAAAAACCACGCACGAAGCCAUAUCUGCCUCGGACAUCGCAAGACAUUCAAACAGUUCCACAUUCUGUAACUGUCACCACAAAUUAACCCACAUCUGUGGUGGUGUGGCACAAAUUCCAUAAUUUAUAGACGAGAAUGUAAACAGGGAUCGAUUCGUAUGAUUUGAUGAUAGCGAAGCAAAGCUUUUGCUUUUAAUUACGUUUGUUUUUGAUGUGUAAUUUAAUUUUCGUAGCAAA